UACUAGAGAUUCGAGUGAAGAUCUUGUGGAUCCAGGUGAAGUAAAGGAUCUUACUAUGGCACACUAUGUAGGCGGAAGUGUAGUUGCCGCAGCAUUUGGUGGUGUUUCAGCUGGAGUUAAUGGAUUCUGUGCACACAUGCCGUUCACAUUUCGGACAAGCUCCCCGGCAACGACAAGUACCACCAGAGAAACUGUCCACUCUGGAGAGCACAGUAUGCGUACAGGUGAAUUACAUGAUCCCAGAUCUGGUUAUCUGGGAAUUGCGCAAGAGAGAACUCCAAGUCCUCAAGAGAGAGUCAUCGAGAGAAUACAGAUGUUAUCUCUAUCUUCUGUUGAUGUAACGCCUGGAUCUGUCAAGAAGGUGUUAUUGAUUCUCACAAUGUGCAUUUGUCUCGCUAUUGUACUGGCUCUUCUGAUGCUCCAACCAGUUGUAAGAUCAUCCGAUCAAACACCCUUGGACACAGAAUACUUUUCAGGCGGUUCUUACACAUCCAAUUAUGGCUCCACCUUGGCACAUCGACUAUGGAACAUGCCUUGGUUUGGUGGUUGGGAAAUACAGAUUAUUGCUAUUAGACGUAAUGCUCUUUGACCUAUUUUUUU